GGUGGUCUCGGAGCACUCGCUGGUUGGGGCAUGUCUGGAGCCGCUAUUUACGACGCCACCAUUCAAGGUCCGGAGGUGAUCAGUCUCACCAUGACCCCCGUAUUGAUUGUUUACAGUUCACUUUUUGCACGAUGGGCAUGGGUCGUCAAGCCGCAAAAUCUGCUUUUGUGCGCGUGUCACGUAACCAAUGUAGGCGCGCAGCUGAAUCAGCUCCGCCGGGCCUUGCAGUACAAGAUUGAAAACGGUCAAGAAGAACAAGUCAAGGAA